AUGUCGGGAGAUAUAUUCACAACUUGGGCGAAGGCAUCAAACAAUGAUAUGCGGAAAGCAAAACGCAACAUCCUUGUGUUUUUAGAUAAUGCGACUUCGCAUGUAAACGCAUUGAAAUUAACCAAUGUCACAUUCAACUUCUUUCCUCCCGGAACCACUUCAAAACUUCAGCCGCUCGACCUCGGCAUCAUCAGAGCUUUCAAAGCAAGGUACAGAAAACGACUAAUGAGUCAUUUACUUGCAAAGCUGGACUUCGUACAAAAUGCUACAGAAAUGACAAAAUGUGUUACUGUGCUAGAUUGUGUAUACUGGAUCAGCGCAAGCUGGAAUGAAACGACUGACAUUACAGUUAAAACAUGUUUCAUGCAGGCCGGCUUCCCCUUCGUGGAACCCUCUACAAAAAUGUACCCGGAUGAGGAAAUCGGGGAUGAUGAUGACGACAUACCGCUUGCAUUACUGCGACUCACAAACAUAGAUCUCGCGACUGCCGCAGACAUUGAGGACGAAUUCGAAAUUGAGGAUAACUCCUCAGACUGGGAAACUACACUUUUAGAAAGUGUCAAAGGGGUUGAUCGUUCAGACUCAGACGACGAGUCUGAAACGGAAGACGAAAGUAACAAUGAGACUGAUCUCUGCUACGGUGACGUAUUAGACCUAAUUUACAAAAUAGAAAAAAUUGCGAAAAAGGAAGAUGACCGGUACUUACCACAUUUAGCUGAAAUAAAAAGAAUCACCGAGGAUUCGAUAAUAUUGAAGAAGGCCGCGUCAACACAAAAGACCAUCAGUGAUUUUUUUCAACCAAUGUAA